CUUGACAUAAAGACAAAGCUUGGUGUUAUUAUUGGUUAUUUUGUAGUUGUAAAUUCAGCCUUUUCUCUUUACAUUGUGUGUUUGUUACUCUCCCAUUUUUGCAUCAAUUUUCCAUUGCAUUACAGUGCUAUUAUAUUGAAUGAAUUCCUCUGAUAUUCUUAGAAUACAUUUGUAAAGGCAACAUUUUUCAUACAGCUCGUGUAUAUCCUAAGUGUAAUUCUGAAAAGGCUACACGUUGAAAUAUUUAAAUGUAAUUAUCAUAUUCCAAGUCAGUGAGCGGAGAAGGUAUAAUGAGGUUGUGAAGCGCUUCUUUCAUUACCAAGUCUUGCAUGAGAAGAAAUACGCAACGUUUGGCUCGCCAGUCAAGCCACGCAGGGUUAAUCCUACCAGCUGCGCAGUGGCCGUGCUUUCCCGGGCGGAUGAACAGUGACAGAUGAUGACUUUAGUGCCCUGAGCUUUGAGCUCAAGACACUCACAGUGAUCCGCUAACAGCUCCUCAGAGUCCCAGUCGCGUCUGCAGACGGGAAGAAUCCACGACGUGAGGAGACAUUUGGCUUCGAUGUUUUGAUAUUCAUCUAAAAACCACCUACGCGUCCUCUUUUUUUUUUUUUUUUUACAGCAGUUGCUCUUUCAUUAUCAAACACAUCAAAGAGCUACAAAGAGCUACGUCAAAAAGGGUCGUUACGCGCAACUUUUACACACGCUUGAGCAAAUAUCGACGCUUCUUACCACAACAGGUGCGAUCCCAGUCAGUCCGCCAAAUGUAGACAUGGAUGAAGACGCACGCUUCUCAGUCUGGUGAAGCAGGAGGGCUUGGAAGUUGUCCCGAGGAGACUGAGCUGCGCCGGGUGCAAAGAUGAGCUUUUACUGCCCCAGCUGGAGGAUCUUACACCUGAUACUUGCCACAAUUGUAGCGGUGGUCCCUCAAGACUUGAGCACAAAAGACCUAACUGAUGCAAAGAGCCCAGUGCCUUCCUCUGUCUUCUUGCCGGUCAGUUAUGAGGUUCGGGAUGCUGACUACCUUUUCUUAAAGGAAGCAGGACAGGACUUUAUGAGGAAUUUCAGCAUGCAGAGUCACACACAGUCCUUUGUUAUUUUGAGAGCUAGCCGCCAGCCGGCUGUCAACGCAAGCUAUGGCCCCAUGUCCACAGAACAGCUUGUGCCUCCGGAUCUGGUCCAGUCUGUGCGGCUCUUUAAUGCCCCGGAUGUUUUCACCUUCAACUGGAAGAUCCAGGCCUUUGUACUGACGCCCCGGGUUUUCUCCACCAAACCUAAAGUGCGUGUGCUCUUCUAUGUGGCGGGCAGGGACUGGGCCAGGGAGGAGGGCGCAGUGGAUGAAUUACCAUGUGUGACCGUCUAUGCCUUCUGGCAAACCCAAGAGGUGAGGGCUUCCUGUGCCAUGGGAGGUGAGAGGGGGACAUGUAUGGCUGAGCUACUGCCUUUGCCUGGUUGGUUUGCUCAGGGGUCCGAAAGCACCAGCAGGGAGAGACAAGACCCAUCAGCAGGCAACCUUGUGGAGCUCUACUACCAGGCACAGCCCAAAGUCAGUGGGAAAUGUAACAUGCUGGAAGGGAGUCGAUGGGGAAGCUCACAACAACAGCAAGCGGAAUAUGUUCCUGUCACUCCCAUGCAGAGGAUUGGCAGCGUGCGUCUCCUGCAGAUCCCCAAAGGAAUGGCCACGCUCUCUCGACUCAAACUUGGCAAUUCCAUUGUCAUACGGACAUCUUCCAAACCACUGAAAAAGACUGACAUCUCCACCUUCUACAUCCUCAUGGCCAGCUCUGCUCAGCUAAGUAACUUCACUCUCAGAGCUACAAUAAAGAAUGGUGUGACCUUUCGCACAGCAACACCGAGUAACUCUUUACUGUGGGACAUCACACUGGAUACUGGUGCAGAUGGAGCCAUUGCUGUUACUUGUCAGAGGAAGGCUCCCAUACCUGGGAAAAAACUUGAAGGCAGUCUUCUGGAAGUGCUUCAGAUGGAUUUUGAAGUUGAUGAACUGAGCAGUCCUGUGGACAGUCGGGUGAUCAUAUGGAAGUUAGAGCUCCCAUCCAAAAAUACUGCCAAGACAGAAGGAGCUAUGAGGAUCUACACCACUCAGAGAGACUUUAUAGGACUGGCCCCUCUCAUCACGGACACUGAGAUCCUGAACACGGCCGUCCUGACUGGAAAGAAGGUGGCGGUGCCUGUAAGGAUCGUUGCCGUGGAAGAGGAUGGCCUACUUACUGAUGUGUCUGAAUACACAGACUGCAGCUCGACUGAUGAAGAUGUUCUCAAGGUGUCGGACAGGUGCGACUACAUUUUUGUUAAUGGCAAGGAGACAAAGGGCAAAGUCAAGAUGGUGGUGAACUUUACCUACAGCUACCUCAGUGCUCAGCUUGAGCUGAAUGUGUGGAUGCCCCGACUCCCCCUCCAGAUAGAGGUGUCGGACGCAGAGCUGAGCCAAAUCAAAAGUUGGAGGGUGCCGAUACUCACCUCCAAGAGAUCUGGCUGGAACAGCCAAGUCGAUGAAAAGAAGGGAAAGGGCUGUACGUUGCAGUUUCAACACACCUUGGUGCGUGUGCUAACCCAUUUUGUGGCCGAUCAAGCAGACCCUCGGGAUCCGAAGGCUUAUUUCCUGGGGUCUGACUGGCAGGUGGACGUAACAAGACUGGUUCGAUACUUUAUGAGGGUGGAAGACCCUCGUGUGGCGAGGCUACAGGCAGGGAGGGUGCUAUCAGGCCGAGACAUUGGGACCACCGCCAUCCAGGUGUUUUCGCCACUUUCUGACACAAUUUUGGCAAGAACAUUGGUAAAAGUCACAGAUGAAAAAGUGACUAUUACCGAACUGGGGGUCCAGAUGGUUGCAGGUCUCACAAUGACCCUGCAGCUCAGCCCAGGAAGCAACAGGGCCAUUCUGGCAACCACAACAACACAGGAAGUUCUGCUGUUACCCAAACAGGAAGCUAUGAUCAGUGCAUGGGUGCAGUUCAGUGACGGCAGCCAGACACCCCUUGACAUUUAUGAUCCGGCCUUUUACCGUGUCAUUGUGUCAUCUCUGGAUCAGGGGGUGGUGUCAGUGCGGGGCACACCUCCAUAUGUGGUGGCAGAAGGAGAAGGUGAAGGAGUUCUGGUCCAAGUGGAAAUGUCCAUCUGUGAGGCCUGCCAGAAGUCCAAACGUAAAAGCAUUGUCGCUGUCGGCAACGGCAGCCUGAAGGUCAAGUUUCAGGUGAAAAGUGGAUGGCUCGACAGCAUCACCAAAAGUUCUGACAGCAGCACAGCAGAGAAUAAGAACAACAGCGCUGACUUCCGAAAUGAUGGGGAGGAGAUGGAGAGUGACAGGAAGCCAUCACAGGAUCCUUCACAGCGCAUCACAGCAUCAGAGAGAGACCAGAGCUCUUUGGCAAAGAUCACAACCACAAUCAAAUCUACAGAAUGGACUUUCAUGACCAGCGGCAGCCUUGGGGGCGUGGGGAAACCAAGCAAUUCAGGAAGCAGUCCCACCAGCGUGGUCAAUAUCAGUAUGAUGAGCAGCCCCGGUGACAGCAGCAAAACAUAUGGCUCUGAUAAUAUGAUAGUGGAUAGUGUUCGCUUUACAAGUACUGUGAAAGGUCCUGGUAAUCUGGUCAACUCCAACAACUUUCCCACAAAAAUUGUUGCACCUGGACAGGAGACAGUGGAGGUUGAGAUUAGUGGAGAGGAAGAUAUGUUGGCUAACAGACCUCUUACAGACUUAGAGAUUGGUAUGUAUGCUCUUUUGGGGGUCUUUUGCCUGGCUAUUAUGGUAUUUCUUGUAAACUGUAUAUCAUACGUUGUUAAGUUCAGACAUAAGAAAUCUCCGUCAGAUAGCCAGGAGCCCACCACUGGUCACAGGCAUGAUUGGGUCUGGCUCGGCACGGAUGCUGAGCUGGUGAUGAACGUCCCCGGAAGUCCAAUUCAACAAGACUCCCAGACUGCGACUACUGUAAUAGACAUUGGGCCUGAUAAAACGACUUCACUGUCGAGAAGGCCCAGUUGCCUUGCAUCCGUCACAGACUCUCCCAUCAGCUGUGUGGGUUCCUUCAGGAGCAAAGCAAUGCCAACUGAGUCGCUCCACUCACCCACCAGCAAGAGGAAGAGAGUCCACUUCACCACAUUUUCCACAUUGGAGCGCCAGCAUUUACCGCAUCUCCCACAGAGGGAGAAUGGCCAUGGAAUCCACUGGGUUGGGAAGGAAGACAGUUGUGAGGAGGGACCCCAAGUGCACACUGCAGAGCCUCUGGACCAUGUAUAAUAACAAACCUGAUCAGACCUCACAUUGCAGAAAAUGCGGCUUUGAACACCUCAAUGCCUUUGCUGACUCAAACUGUCACAAACAUGGGACUAAAAAAAACAAAACACAAACACAAACACAACCCUCUUAUUACAUGUCAAGGCCUUUUAGAUGAACAAGUACUGUAUUAUACUGUUAAUACCUGUGAGGAAUACCUGUGAAGAAAUAACACGUCCUUUACUCAAUGUGAAAAGCCGCACAAUGCUAUGUUGCAUGUGGGUAUUUAUUUCAAUUUUGCACUUGGAAAACAUUUGAGACAUUUAAGAGCAUAUAAAACUGAGAACCCACUUGGAUUUUGAAAAGGCAUUAAUAUGGUAAUAAUCACAUUCUGUGUUUUUUGUUUUAAAACAAGACCUUUUUCUUGUAAGUUCAUUCAUUUCAUUGUUUUUUUAUAUUAAACCCACUACAAAUUUGCUACUCAACUGCUUUUGGGUUGAUUUUCUACCUAAUGUAUGAUAUAUGAUAUAUAUGAUUGGCCUCGAAAAAACAAGCAGAAUUGAACUCAAUUGUCUAUUUUUGCGUACAUUAUGUGUCUCAUGAGUUUUGUUAAGUAGUUACACAGACCGUAUACGUUCACUGAUCAUGGGCAUGAAUGUCAUUCAUUUGGAGUUUUUAAUCAUUUAUUUGAACCAUUCUUUUUCGAUGCUAAAUUGAUUACACAAAAAAAUAAUGGUGUGCACAUGUUUGAAUUUAUGUUGAAUUGUUUAAGUUACGACAAGGUCAAAAUUAUAGACACAUUCAAGUGUAUGCAUAAACCCCCACAAAUACUAGCUUAAAUGUCGCUUAAGACGGGGGCUCUGAAAUUGUCGCAACAUGG